AUGCAGGUUGCAAGCACGUACCCGGACUUGGCUACUGGCUGCCACGAGGACCUGUUUCUGUGGUUAGGCGACCUCUUCGAACCCGAAGAGCCUCCUGAUGCCUGUGGUCUGGGGUCAGCCAAGACGUCCAGCUCACGCAGCUCCCACGCCGACUUUGGCUUCUCCGCUCCGCCCUCCCGUCUUCUGCCUCUAUUAAAAGACGUUCCGUCUCUCCGCCUCUUGCACAGCCUCACAUCGACUCUGUUUUUGUCCACGGCUCUUUCCACCAUCGCCUUGAUGCCCGCCUUCUUGCUCGAACGCUUCCGCAGACGACCCUCCUGUUCUCCUCAGCUGAUCGGCUUGGCCGCGGCUAUCGACGCCGAAGCCUUUCUCGAAAAAGCUCAACCGCCCCCGUCGCUCUCGUGUCCCGUCGAGGAGUAG